CAGCCUGCUGGAGGUCGAGGUGUCUCCCAGUCUCCCCCAUCUGCCACAGCCCCAGCGGCAAGAUUGAGAUCAUUUUCUUCCGUCCGGUUUCCAAGCUUUCCAAGCUACAGUAGAGUCAUUUACGGCCUACAUAACUAACCUAAGCCACCAGGACAACUCACAUUUCACCCCCACCAAGAUGGCUUCAGAUCUCGAAACACUCUUGGAGAUGGGCUUCGACAAGUCACGUGCCGAGCUGGCCGUCAAGAAGGGUAACCUCGAAGCUGCCAUGAACUGGCUGGAGAAGACUCAAGAUACCCCACUCGAUGAGCUUCUCGAAGAGGACAACGCAGGACCAAGCACCGCCGAACUAGGAGCUGAUCAGGUUGCAAACUCCAUCGUCUGCAAUGAUUGCGGCAAGAAGUUCAGAAGUCAGGCUGUUGCCGGACUCCACGCAGAGAAGACUGGUCACGAUGACUUCGCAGAAUCAACAGAAGCGAUUGCCCCGUUGACGGAAGAAGAGAAGGCCAACCGCCUCACCGAGAUGCGUUCCAAGCUUGCAGAAAAGAGAGCUGCCCAGGCUAUCAAGGACAAGGAGGACGCCAAGGCUAAUGAGAAAAUCCGCCAAAAGGCUACCAAAGAGACACAAGACGUCAAGGAGGAACUUCAGAAAAAAGAACAGAUCAAAGAAGCAGAAAAAAAGCGUCAGGAAAAGAUUGCCGAUGCAGAGGCUAAGAAGCGCAUCAAGGCCAAGAUCGAGGCUGACAAGGAGGAGAGACGCCGGAAAGCAGAGGAGGCCAAGGCCAUUCGCGAGGGCAGAACGGUGCCUUCUGCUUCAAGUGCACCUGCACCUGCUGCUGCGCCAGUCGCUGCUAAAUCUGCUGUCAACCACAACGAAACUCGUUUGAGACUGCAAACCCCAGCAGGCAGCAUUGCUCUGAAGCUGCCUGCAGAGACCACGCUCUACGAGUUACGGCACCGACUGGAAAGCGAGCAUCAAGUCAAAGUUGGAGAAUUCCAGAUGAACUUCCCACGAAAGACGUUUGGGGAAGUGGAUUUUGGCAUGACGCUGAAGGAAGCAGGCUUAGUUCCCAGUGGUGUGCUGAUAGUAAAGAACUAGGAGUCGCAGACAGACAGAUCAAGCCGGAAGCCAAAAGCGGCAGAGGAUCAUCCAGAAAAAGGUGGCGACUUGCCAUCCUAGCAUCUUGAAGAGUGGUGCCCUGUGGAGGGUCCUGGAGGUAACCCGGUUUGGAACGGAUCGCUUCCUCCUCCGGCUUUAGGGAUAUCAUCUACUCAGGGCAGAGGCACUAUUAUUACCAGUCCAUCGCCGCAAGCUUCACCAUCACAGGAUGCAAAACACUUUGGUUCCACGAACAUUUGGCCACGGGCUGCUAUCAUCAAUAGAGUGUUGUUAGUCAUUGCGGCGCUGUGCAACCGUAAUAUGAGAA